GUGUUUAGACAGCGGCUGAUCAAUAAGCGCUGGACUUUGAUCAUUCAGUUGGUUAUUAUUUUGCGGUCUCUCUCUCAUUCAGCUGCACAUGUUUGUCCUGCUGCAGACGCUUCAAUGGCGCCGUUAAAGUUUUGUGCCAAUAUUUCAUGGCUCUUCACGGAGUUACCGGAGCUCACGCAGCGGAUGCGCGACGCGGCGCGUGCGGGGUUCCACGCGGUCGAGGCGGCGUGGAUCUACAGCUCCGACCUGAAAGAGUUAAAAACCGUGAAGGAUGAAACGGGACUCGAGUUUGCGCUCAUAAACACCCCCCCGGGAGAUUUAAGGGCUGGAGAUCUGGGAUUGGGUGCUGUUCCUGGACGAGAGCAGGAGUUCAGACAGGGUUUGGAUCUGGCGGUGCAGUACGCUAAAGCACUGGACUGCAGGAGGAUCCACUUGAUGGCGGGGAGGGUGCCGGCGGGGGCGGACCGCUGCGCUGUUGCCAUGGAGAUGGAGGACACCUUUGUGCAGAACCUCAAACAUGCUGCAGGUGUCCUCUCAAAGGAAGGCAUUCUGGGAUUGAUUGAGCCAAUCAACACCAGGAUCACAGAUCCACGAUAUUUUCUCGACUCCCCACACCAAGCCGCAGUGAUUCUACAGAGAGUAGCUCAUCCCAGCAUCAGGAUGCAGAUGGACAUCUACCACUGGCAGAUCAUGGAUGGCAACCUAACGCAGAAUAUACGCAAAUACUUACCAAUGACAGGUCACAUCCAGAUCGCUCAGGUUCCUGACCGCCACGAGCCGGACAGCGGCGGAGAGCUCAGUUACACGUAUCUCUUCAAGCUGCUGGAGGAGCUGGACUAUCAGGACUACAUCGGCUGUGAAUACAAACCUCAGUGUUCCACAGAAGCGGGUCUGGACUGGCUCAGAAGAUACUGGAGCAGCCACAACUGAUGAGCAGCUUCACGUCUUCAGUUCCUGCUUCUUCUAAAAGGCAAUCAUGUAUUAAAAAGACAAGACUGUAAUUUUCUAAAGCUUAAAAUUGACCCAUAGACUCCCAUUUUCAGUUGUUUUAUUAAUAUUUCACUUGUCAGUAGCUAUGAAAUAUUAAUUUGUCUGUCUCUCAAGGCAUUGCAUAUGAAGAACACUUCAGAUGUUUUAAUUUAAGAUUUAUUAAGCAUUUUCUUACAAAUCCGCCUCUAUAUACAGAAUGUACAAAUGACUUUUUCACACAUUUGAAUUGCUAAUUCAUCUUCUAACAUUUGAAUAAAUCUUUCUUUCAAAAAUGUCCAGUGUGCUUCAAAAAAACAGUAAAACACAUUUUCAUUCUUCAGUUUCUGUCACUGCAGGAGGUAAGACAUUUGCUUUCCUUCAUGUGAAAUGAGUGUCAAGUCCAGUGUCGUCUCAGCGCUGUGCUAGUUAGUAAGACUAAUCGUUACCCGCUCUUUAUGUUGAAGGUACGUGAAGACCAUGUGACGAAUUUAAAGGGACAGUUCACCCAAAAAUGAAAUCCUGUCAUCAUUUACUCACCAUUGUGCGGUU